AUGUACGUGGUGAAGGUCAUGGACUUUCUGGAGAUGGAGGGUCCGCCAGAGGCACAUCAUGCGCUGCUAGAGCGGGGGCUACUCCACCAGUGGCAGCCCGACAUGUAUGUCAUCUUCGUGUCGCACCAGUGGCUGGGCAGAACUCAUCCAGAUCCUCAGGGUAAUCACGCCGAUGUCCUGCGCCGGGCGCUCACCGGCAUGAUGGAUGGCUCCCUGGAGGUGGAGUUGGAGAUCGAUGAAUACACAAGUCAGCAGGUUGAACCAGCGAGGAUACGCCAAGGCUAUCUCUUCUUAGACUGGUUUGCUAUUCCGCAGAUCACUGCGCGCGCUCCAGGCAUCAAUGAGGAGGUCACGAAGACAGAUGCGGCGCAAGCAGUCCAAAGCAUCCCCUUCUAUGUUGAGGUGUCUGAUGUUCUUCUGGCACUCGUGCCCGAGUUUGUACACGCAGAAACCGGCCGGUAUUGCAAUUAUACCUCCUGGCUUUCUCGCGGAUGGUGCAGGGCAGAGCUUUGGUGUCAUGUCUUGAGCAACAAGCGUGACAAGAGCAUCGUGGUCGUGCAUUCUACCUUGGAAGCAAAGUUCAUGAUGACUUGGGAUUGGCAGGAAAACAUUGUCGUCGAUGGUGAUUUCACUGUAGAAACAGAUCGUGAAGUUGUGGUCAGCCUGGGACGCCGUGCGCUCGAAUGCAAGAUCGCUCACCUGUCGGAAGAAGGGCCGUUGCAGGCAUACCGGUACUUCUUGGCGCGGCAAGCCGCCAUGUUGGGUCGGUCCCCGUUGACAUGGGAUACCGAAGGGUUUCUGGAACACUUCAAGUUUCCGAGCUUGGGGUUGGCCGUGGAGGACACCAGCAGCAUGAAUGCCGUGAUGUGUGCCGUGCUGUCGGGAGAUCUGAUGAUGCUCCGGCUGUUGGUCAGGCACAAAGCUGACCUGAACUUCACCAUAACGGGGCUUGGAGAAUUCGGCUUCCGGGACAGCUUCACCGUCCUCAUGGCUGCUGUUAAGUCCAAGCAGCCGGCGACUUUGGUGGCGAGUUUGAUCCACCUGCGCGCGGAUGUCUCCCGCAGGGCAGAUAUUGGGGACAAUGCCGUGUCACAUGUAAAAUUUCCGGAGCAGGUGCGAAUUCUGUUGGAGGCUCGUGCGGACUUCCACUCCGGGCGUGAGCCUUUCUGCUUCACGCCCCUGACGCAAGCCUCUGGCAUGACGAGCACUGCUACAUUGAAAGCACUGCUGAUGGCCCGGUGCGAUCCGAACCCUGUUUCCAAAGGAUUGGGCAUCACACCCCUCGUUGGCUUGGUCCGCUUUGCCCGCGGCAGUCCCCAUGCCUUGGCGUCGGCUGCCAUGUUGCUGGAACACCGUGCUGACCCCAAUGGGCGCGUGCAUCCUUCGGGGGCUUUUGCCUUACAGUGUUACCAGGCUCGCGCGAGGGCGUUUUUGCUGGGGCUGCAGUCCUGCUCCGAAGAUACGAAGACUUUGGCCGGACUGCAGGGUUCAACCCCUUUGGGCGUCGCGGCAAGUGUCGGCGACCAGGCGCUGGUCGAGCUGUUGCUGCAAAACGGGGCUGAGCUGCUCCCCAACGACCGAGGCGACAUGCCGGAGGAGGAGGAGGAGGUUGCUGCGGGAGUCUAUGGCCGGGCGCUGGCAUUUUCGUUGGAAGGCUUCGUGCAAAACGGCCAGAAACGCGUGACGGCUUUGUCCGAAGAGACGCUGAGGCUUUGCGAAGGAUGCAGCGCAAGCUCGAUAGCUCAGUUUCUGACGCAGGAGUUGCUGACUGCCUGGCGUGGCUGGCAGAAAGAGAAGUCGCCGGACAGCUGCGUCGGCCUUGAAGCAUUUGGCCGAUGCUUGGCAGAGGUGGCCGGCACGGCAAAAACUGCCGUGGAGGCCCGAAAUCGGGAAUUCCUGAGAAGCAUCCUCUGGGAGGUGGUGGGCUUAGACCCCAGCAGCGCGCUGGCGGCAGCCCUCAAACCAUUUGACAGGCCUGGUGAGUUCUCAGUCGACGCUAUAAAUAUCUAG